AUACUAUUCUAUAUGUCCACUUACUCAUUCACUCACAAAAAACGCGUCUGAAUCACUUUUACUAGAAUCAGAACGGCGCAGAUUCCGACAUUAGCUUCACCGUACACACACAAUAUUUUCAUCUUCAUUCUCACAACUUUCUCACCUUUUCUCUCACUUUAUAAUCUUCAUAACUGCAUGUACUAAUUUCCACUCACAAAACCAUUCAAUUUUCACACACAAACUACCAUCAAUUUUUCACCAAUGUCUACCACUAAUGAAGAUUUUCAAGGUGUUUCAAAUUGUUAUGUGUUCAAGAGCCGAUUGCAAGAGUAUGCUCAGAAAGCGGGACUCCCCACACCGGUGUAUGAAACUAUCAAGGAAGGUCCUUCCCAUGAACCUUCUUUUAGGUCAACAGUGGUUGUGAAUGACGUUCGGUAUGAUUCUUUGGUUGGGUUUUUUAACCGUAAAGCUGCAGAACAGUCAGCUGCAGAGGUUGCUUUGGUGGAGUUGGCCAAAUCUGGUGCAGUCGAUCAGUCCAUCACUCAACCUGUUCAUGAAACUGGAUUAUGCAAGAAUUUACUUCAGGAAUAUGCACAGAAGAUGAAUUAUGCAAUGCCAACGUAUCAGUGCAAAAAGGAUGACACACCACGUAGAGCACCAUUAUUUUCAUGUACAGUCGACAUUGGAGGGAUUCUCUAUAUUGGGGGACAAACAAAAACUAAGAAGGAAGCGGAGAUAAAAGCCGCAAGAACUGCUUUAUUAGCUAUCCAGACAAAUGCAUCUCAGUCUUCUCAAAACCAGUUUGGCCCUUUGACUGUCAUUCCAUCCAGAAAAAGGCCAGCAGAUCCUGUUGCUGAUGAGGCUUUGAAAGCUCCAAAGCCUAAGAAAUCACGCUUUAAAAGGAAAUGUUCCAAGAGGAAACCGUCUAAAAAUAAGAGGCGCCGUAACAAUGCUGGCGAUGGAGCAAAUAUCAAUCCCGAGGUAGAAUCAGUUAAUGGUGAAUCUGGCCUCCAGGAAAUCAAAUCUGAAAACGCAUUCCCUUCGGAAGCCAUGAAGAAUUCUGAGAAUGGUGUAUCAUCCACAACUAUCAAUCCCAAGGUAGAAUCAAUUAAUGGUGAAUCUGGCCUCCAGGAAACCAAAUCUGAAGCAGCAUUCCCUUUAGAAGCCAUGAAGAUUUCUGAGAAUGGAGUAUCAACUGCAAAUAUCAAUCACGGGGUAGAAUCACUAGCAAGUGUUAAUGGUGAAUCUGGCCUCCUGGAAAUCAAAUCUGAAGCAGAAUUUCCUUCAGAAGCCUUGAAGAUUUCUGAGAAUGGAGUAUCAACUACAAAUAUCAAUCUCGGGGUAGAAUCACUUGCAAGUGUUAAUGGCGAAUCUGGCCUCCAUGAAAUCAAAACUGAAGCAGCAUUACCUUCAGAAAUCAUGAAGAAUCCUGAGAAUGGUGUAUCACCUACAAAUAUCAAUCUUGGGGUUGAAUCACUUGCAAGUGUUAAUGGUGAAUCUGGCCUCCAGAAAAUCAAAUCUGAAGCAGCAACGCCUUCGGAAGCCAUGGAGAUUUCUGAGAACGGAGUAUCAACUACAAAUAUCAAUCCAAAGGUAGAAUCACUAGCAAGUGUUAAUGGUGAAUCCGGUCUCCAGGAAAUCAAAUCUGAAGCAGCAUUGCCUUCGGAAGCCAUGGAGAUUUCUGAGAAUAGAGCAUUAACUACAAAUAUCAAUCCAAAGGUAGAAUCACUAGCAAGUGUUAAUGGUGAAUCCGGCCUCCAGGAAAUCAAAUCUGAAGCAGCAUUGCCUUCGGAAGCUAUGGAGAUUUCUGAGAAUGGAGUAUCGACUACAAAUAUCAAUCCCGAGGUAGAAUCACUAGCAAGUGUUAAUGGUGAAUCCGGUCUCCAGGAAAUCAAAUCUGAAGCAGCAUUGCCUUCGGAAGCGAUGGAGAUUUCUGAGAAUGGAGCAUUAACUACAAAUAUCAAUCCCGGGGUAGAAUUACUAGCAAGUGUUAAUGGUGAAUCUCGCCUCCAAGAAAUCAAAUCUGAAGCAGCAUUGCCUUCGGAAUCCAUCAUGAAUUCUGAGAACGGAGAAUCAACUAAUCAUCAUGAGAAAGAGACAUUAGCUGGAGACGGUUCUUUUGCUUUAAAUAAUCAAAAGGUUUUUGAAAAUGAGAAGUCAGCAGAAUUGCAAUCCAAAGAGGACAGUCCUGGAAAUGUUGUUACAGAAGUGGUGUUCGCGCCUAAUGGAGACAUGCCGACAAUGAGUGCGGAGAUGAACGAACAGCGUCGUAAUGGAGAUAUGGUCUUUGGAGAAUGAUUUUAUUAAUUUAGAGGGGUUUUGUGCUUCAAGUAUUCAUAUUAGUUAAAUUAUUAAUUAAAUGAUUACAAUGGAAGAAAGAUCCAACCAGGAGCAGACAUUGAUUAGGAUUAGGAAAGCUUGAGGAUUUUCAACAGUUUUUCUUUGUUGGGGUGUCACUCAGGAAAAUAGAAUAUAGGCUAUGAAUAUGAUAUGAACCAAAGGAAGUUAAUAAUUUAUAAACUGAUCAUGGUGUUUUAAACCAUUUAUUUACUUAUUAUAUUGGACUGUUAUAUUGAAGCUAUCUGCUACAUGGAACUUGAGUUUUAA